AUGCCAAACACUAACGUUCAGGUAAAUGUUACUCUCAAGAUAAAGAUCCCAAAAGACAGGGAAGGGGAUCUCACUGUUGUUCCACUCACCGGAGCAGCCGGGAUACAGUGCUGUAGCAUGGAGGUAACAUUGGACAGUGGAGAAAUUAUGUCUGUGCCUCUCGCGGAGGUGAAUAACCCACAAUGCGGGUCUGCAGAAAUAUCUUUAAGUGCUGAAGAAUGGGAUGCUAUCUUUGCUGAAGGAAGCUCCAGCUCGGACACCCCGUUUUCACCGGAGUCUCUCUCUCGGCAAUUACAAGGAGGAUCAGAGGCAACAGAGAGGGGGGACCCUACACAUGUUAUCCCCGAUGUAACGAGUAGUACCUCCCCGGAACGAACUAGUGGGAGUGUUUCACAAGAGAAAGGCAAAGCGCGCGAGGUAUUGGGGGCGAAAACUCCAGUGCAAGACAAUAUUCCACUCCCAGAGUUCAACUCUGCAAUAUUCUCCAUGGCUCUGGAGGAGGCCGAUCGGAAAUAUGCCGAGUUUUUAGGAAGCGGAAUCAGUUUGGUCGGCAUUGGGGGGUUAGAGGAGAUCGGAUUCCAUGAGUCUGGCAACGUUCAAGAACCUUCAUCUAUGCAAGAUAAUGAACUUGGACCUAUCCCGGGAUAUGGCUGGCAGAGCGACGAAGAUCUCAUUCAACUUCUACAGGCCACGCUGGAGGGUUCCGACGGUGGGGAAGUAGGACGAGAAAAAUGCAUUAAAGUUGUUGGCCCGGAGGAGGGUUCUGGCGAUAGGGGAGCAGGACCGGAAGAACCCAAUACAGUAGUUGGCCUGGAGGAGAUCCAGACACCUCAACAAAAGCAGGAUGCAGAGCUAAAUGAGACAGAGGACUAUGAUUUCGAAGAUGCAUUAUUGACUUCCAUAACUGAGCCUAGCAGCUCUGUAGACGACGGCUACAUUUUUUCACAGGAAGAUCCAACAUGGGAAGGAUACUCCAUUCGUCGGACACAAUCAUUUAGCUCUCUAUUCGGUAACUCCCCGGACGCUUCUGAAGAAACGUCUCCGCCAGGUAGUUCUCAAACAGAGAUAUUCGAGCCAUCGCCAGCGCCUAGCAGUGAAGCCAGACCUAUCAACUCGCCCGACCACGAUUCAGAAAUGGAAAUUGACAGUUCCACGGAAUACGACGAGGAUGCAUCAGAGGAUGAAUCAGAGGAUGAAUGUAUGGGAGUUGACGAUUCUUCCGAUCCUAGUGAUGAUGAUAUGGAGGAUUCGGAAGGACUACCCAGUGACAUGACGACAGAAAAUGCAACAUAUGAGCCAACAGCAAUGAAGAAUCCUUCUCCUAUACCAGAAACGCCACGCUCGAUCGACGAAUAUGUGUCCGCACCCGCCCCCGCACGUGUUGAUAAUGAGAUACGACUCUAUCAGCGGAACUCGGUAUACUGGGAAGGACAAGGAAACGCUGCGCACACAAUCUAUCCUCAGCCAUGGGAAGUGGAGGUUAACGAAGAGGCUCGGACAUUGGUGUAUGAUGGCCAGAUAUACCAACUUAUGGAUUUCUCUUCUUAG